AUGCGCCAUCAGUCCCUUGCCGUCGUGGCUUUUGCGGUGACACUCGUGCACACAACACACUCUUUGAUGACAUCCGACUCCGAGACGGACAGCAUCAGCCUCCCGGCUCGUGUUCGCCCCUAUAACGGCAGCCUUGGUGAUGUCCGGGGCAAGCUGCUGGUGGGUGCAGACGAAGGCGCUAGGGGUGAGGCGAGGAUGCUGGACAUAAAGCUCGACCCAGCGGUCAGAUAUCAGGUUAGCAUUAUGGUAAAAAAUCUGCACCAACACGACCCUCCUGGCGUCAGGGAGGGCUUGCAACAGAUCGACCAGCAAGCUGUGGAGCUUAAACUCAGUAUGCAGCCUGGGCCAAAUGAUGAGAAGAUCAAGCAAUUGGAAGCUAUCGUACAAUUUAAAGAAAAGGGCAGAAAUGGGGACACACUUGGGGUUCAAGCGGCUCGAGCUAAUUGGGAGAUGGUGCACGAGGUUCAGAAGAAACGCAAGCAGGAGAUGCAACAACACGACCUGCGUCCUGACGAACUUAUCAAGAUGGUGAUCCUUGAAGUCAAGAUCAAAGCUGCCCUCGUCAGGGUUAGUAAAAAAACUGGCAAAGUCUCAACUGGGCCACGGUCUAACCCUGUUGCCGGUAUUGAUUUUAUAAGCCUUGGACAUCUGGAGGAUUGUAUCGAGAAGUACAACGAGAAACACAAAAAAGCGUUCACGCUGGCAGGAACGUUAUGGGAUUAUUUUGGCAAUGUGCGCGACAUUGUAUCGUUUGUGUCGAUGGUGAAUGCCGUCGCACUCAAGAAAAUCCACGCGGGAGAUGUUGUGGCAACGCAUGAUUUGCUGGUUAAAGGUUGGCAACAAGUUGCUGUCAGACUGCCGAAGCCAAUGUCGCAGGAGGAUGUCCUAAAAGACCAAAACGUGGUCUCUUUGUUCAAGUUCACCUUGGCGCUCGGCACAACUAUUCCGUUAAAGCGACAAGAAAUCUUGGAUUGUCUGACCAAGGUGUUUGGCGUUCCUCACGCUGAUUUGCUGAUUAAAGAAGUGGAUAAGGUGGUCUUAAACCCCGACAAUUUGACGAACGUGCUUGGUGUGAAGGAGGGAGGCGUAAACUCCAAAAUUGUUGAUCGACUUCUCCCUUCCAAAAGAACCCCAGCGGUUUUGGCACAAGGGGCCAAAAACCAAAUGCCGAAGCGGUUCAAGAAGUCAAACGCUGCGAAUUCAUCUCCAUUGGCUGAGGAGUCAAACGCUGCGAAUUCAUCUCCAUCGGCUGAGAAGUCAGACGCUGCGAAUUCAUCUCCAUCAGUCGUGGAGUCAAGUGCUGCUUAUCCAUCUCCGUCGGUUCGACCUGUUCCGGUCCUACUCGACCUCUUUGUCCGUUAG